ACCCCCUCGCAGGCUUUUCUUGGCGUGACCCGCUCCGGAUUGUCCUGACUCCAGCCCCUCUCCCAGCCCGGGACCCUCAGGCCAGGGAGGGUGGCUCCCUUUCCAGAGCUUAGGGCCCCGCGGCGUCUGAACAUCAGGCUGGAACGCGGAGGACCCCCGGUGAAUGACGGAGGGUCCCCGGUGAAUGCCGAAGGGUGUCCACGUUGUGGUGGGGGCUCGGCCCCAAGCGUGGGCGCUCAGAGCCAAAGAGGGAGCCCUGCGUCUGGUGCUGACCACCUUUCUCUACCCAGCACCGGCUUUGGCCAGUCACUAGACCCUGGACUUUGACCUGUCUCUCUCCACCAGGCCCGGGCAGCUGAUGGUUUUGACGAAGUAUCUUAAGGUAGCCGGCCCACCCCCUCUUCUCUUGCUACCUCUUGUCCUCCCCCCCCCAAUCACCACCACCCUGGCUUCCCUCCCUCAUGACCGCCUGGAUCCUCCUUCCUGUCAGCCUGUCAGCAUUCUCCAUCACUGGCCUAUGGACUGUGUAUGCCAUGGCCGUGAUGAACCACCACGUGUGCCCCGUGGAGAACUGGUCUUACAACGAAUCCUGCUCUUCUGACCCCACGGAGCAAGGGGGCCCCAAGAUCUGCUGCACCCUGGAUGACAUCCCCCUCAUCAGCAAGUGUGGCUUGUACCCCCCCGAGAGCUGCCUCUUCAGCCUCAUUGGCAACCUGGGUGCUUUCAUGGUGGCCCUGAUCUGCUUCCUGCGCUAUGGGCAGCUCCUGGAGCAGAGCCGUCAUUCCUGGGUCAACACCAUGACGCUCAUCACAGGCUGCACCAAUGCUGCGGGUCUGGUGGUGGUGGGCAACUUCCAGGUGGACCACGCUAAAUCUCUGCAUUAUGUCGGAACCGGUGUGGCCUUCACUGCCGGCCUGCUUUUCGUUUGCCUGCACUGUGCCCUCUCCUACCACGGGGCCAACGCCCCUCAGGACUUGGCCAUGGCCUACCUGCGGAUUGUGCUGGCAACCAUCGCCUUUGUCACUCUGAUCCUCACUGGGGUCUUCUUCAUCCAUGAGAGCUCUCAGCUGCAGCAUGGGGCAGCCCUGUGUGAGUGGGUGUUUGUCAUUGACAUCCUCGUCUUCUAUGGAACCUUCAGCUACGAGUUUGGGGCAGUCUCCUCAGACACACUGGUGGCCGCGCUGCAGCCCACCCCCAGCCGGGCCUGCAAGUCCUCUGGGAGCAGCAGCACCUCCACCCACCUCAACUGUAGCCCUGAGAGCGUCGCCAUGAUCUGAGGUCUGGGGAGGAUGGCUGGCCCUGCCUCCACAGCUCCCCACGUCUCCUCUGCAUUUCUUUUGUACCAAAAAAACCCGAUUUUCUGAAAAGUAUUCUGUUGGGACACAGGCUGCCUCGCUUCUGGAGGAGGGGCCAUCCCACACCUGUGCCAUAGAGGAGUGGGCCUCUUGGCAGGCUGCCCAAGCCACACACAGCCCGCUCCCCACACCGCAGUGUUGUCUUUAUGUUUUAAAGGUCACGUUGUCAUUCACCCAGCCAGCCCUUCAGGUGCCUUCUACUCCCUCCCUCAGUGCCAAGGCUGGACCACUGGGAUUUCCUGCUGCAGGAAUUGGGGGCUGGGAACAGCAAGAGGGCUACCAGUCUCAGGGGUGGGGGUGAGCACUCCUUAGUCUAUGGGAAGGCCCCCUAUGGGCCCACUGAGCUGCACUGGGAUUCUUCACUCUGCCCCUUUGUUUAGGGCAAAUAACACAGCAGAACCACGUGGGUAUUUUAGUACUUUUUUUUAUAUAUAUAUAUCUAUUAAAAGAAUUCUAAUUUGCA